AUGGGGGAAGGCCUCCUUCUGGAAAUACCUGGGGAAGGAGGCAAUGAGAAGGCAGACCGCCUGGCGGAAGCUCUGUCGCCGGUCCUCACGGGUAAGGCGGUGGUGUCCCGCCCCAUGCGCAGGGGCGAGGUCCGGCUAACGGGGCUGAAUGCCUCUGUUGGCCCUGAGGACAUUGUUGCGGCGGUGACGGCGGGAGAGUUUGGCCCUUGCCGGGAGGGCGACAUUGCAAUGGGGCCCAUUGCUGAAGGCCGCGAUUGCAUGGGCUCGGCCUGGCUAAGAUGCCCGAAGGCAGUGGCUACUAAGUUAGCUGCUGUGAGAUGA